AUGCACUCGCCAGCCCAGUCGCCUAUCCUGGAUGUCACCGAGACGCUAUCGCUGCACUCUGAUUUGGAGGGAGAUUUUGAGCCCAAAAAGAAGCUGCCGUCGUCGUCAUCGUAUUCGUUUCCAGCUCCUCACAGUCUCCGGCUGCCGGGCCUUGGAUUCCCUGGUCUAGUCCCGGGAUCCAAGGUCUCUCCCGGAUCAGUGGCUCCCACUCUACCCGCCUUCGAGUACAUUGCCCCACCGAGUCAUGCCCUUCAGGCCCUGGAAUUCCCCCUGAUGGAGCUUAAUCGCGUUGGCGUCAUCGGAGGCGGAAUGUUUCCGGGUUUCAUGCAUCGACGUGUUCGCGGCGAAAAGAGACCUAUACCGGAUGCCCAAAAGGAUGCCAAGUAUUACGAGAGACGCAAACGGAACAAUGAGGCAGCCAAGAAGUCGAGGGAUGCACGGAAAAUCCGCGAGGAUCGGAUAGCAUUCCGGGCGGCUCUGCUCGAGCAGGAGAACUCUAUACUGCGGGCCCAGGUGCUGGCCUUAAGAGAUGAGUUGCAGACGGUGCGACAGCUCCUGGGGGCCACCACCGCCGCCGGCGGGAUGUUGUCCAUGACCAGACAGGUUUAA